AUGCGGAAGAUGGCUUUGAUGACGAGGAUUUUGAUGAGACCGAUGGGCCCCGGCGACCGACGGGACUGGAGGAGUCUUCGGCGUGAAGAAUCCGCUACCGACAAGUUGGUGCCCUACUCAGAGAAGCUGGGCAAAGAAGUGCAUGCGCCGGUGGAGGUGCAAGGCCUCUUUCGCGAGUGGAUGAUCAAGAGAAUGCUGCGACCAGCACCUGACCCAUUACCCCCGUUCCGUAUUAAGGAUACCUUCUUAUGGAACCUCCACGAAUCACUCUCCACGCCCGAAGAAUUUGCUAUUGGAUUCGUCCGCGAUCUUGAUCUCCCAAAUCCUCAAGCCACGACCAUGACCAUCAGCAACCAGAUCCGGCAACAGCUGGAGGAAUACGCUGGCGUUGCUCUCCACCCCCUAUUCCAGAGUACAGAUGCAGGUACUUUGCCCAGUGCUCCGCCACAGACUGAACCGUCAAGAGACACGUCGACGACACCAGCUGCUGCCAACAUUGCGACACCUGAUAACCGGCCCAAUGUGACGUCCACUGUGACAGUGACCAAGGAAGCGCUGGUAAAUGACAGCCUUUUGAACCCCGAUGACGCAUAUCGGUGCUUGAUCACCCUCAACAUCAACCUGCAAAACAAGCUUUACACAGACAAAUUCGAGUGGUCUCUACUACACCCACCUGGAAUGGCUGAAGAGUUUGCGCGUAUCACUUGCGCAGAUCUCAGCCUUGGUGGUGAAUGGGUUAGUGCGAUUGCACAUGCCAUCUACGAGGCAGUUUUGAAGUUCAAAAAGGAAGUCUGCGAAAGCGGUGCUCUUGUCAGCGGCCUCACCGGCUACGGCAACGAAAUCGAGAAUUUGGCAGCCAACGGCGUGGAGGCUGGCUGGCGUUAUGACCCUGAAACCAUUUGCGAUGAGUGGCAACCUCAGGUCGAGACACUGUCCAAGGAAGAAAUCGAGCGGAGAGAAGGUGACCGUGAGCGUCAGAUCCGACGUCUGCGCCGAGAAACAGCUAGGUUCUCUUCUACCACGGGCAUCACACCUGAGAUCUCAAGGCAGAGCAGUGGCAAUUACUUCGAGGUAGAUAGUGAGACUCCGCUCGGACGUGGAGAAAGGAAUAAGCGCAAGCGCCGAUUCCGUAGCUUGAGUCCUACAGGCAGAAGUGGCACUCCUGGUGGCCGGGGAACUCCUGAUACCGGAUCAGGGGCUGGGUACGGUGGCGGCGGUGGAACGCUUUCCGAAUGGGAACGCCAAAGCUGGAGAUGCAAGAACUGUGCGGUGUGGGGCACAGCAGUUUGGGCUGUGCGCGAUGGUCCAGAUGGCCCACGGACACUCUGCCAUAACUGUGGCCUGCUCUAUGAGCGGGAUAAGGUUGCACCGGAAUGGUCCAAGGAUCUUCAUCGCCACGACGUUCCCGUCGGCCGAUAUGGAUAA